CUCUCCAGGGGGAGGUCUCCAUUGGGGGUCUCCCUUUCUUCUCCUGACUGCCCCCUAAGGAUGGAGAAGGACCUGGAUGUGAUGGAGGAGAGAAUAUUACACGUGGCCCUAGAGAUCAUGUCCCUGCUGAGCGGAGAGGAUUACAUGGUAGUGAAGACAGAAGAGGGGGAAGGAUGGAGCAGGGAGCAGGUUCCUAUAUCGCUGCCUCCACCUCACUCACUGAUACAUAAGGGAAACAGUCAUCAGGAGAUCCUGGAACUCAUCAACAAGAUGGCCGACCUGCUGACUGGAGAGGUUCCUAUAAGGUGUCAGGACGUCACUGUCUAUUUCUCCAUGGAGGAGUGGGAGUAUAUAGAAGGACACAAGGAUCUGUACCAGGACAUAGUCAUGAUGGGGGAUCACCGGCCCCCAACAUCACAAGAUGGAGUCAGUGAUAGAAAUCCACCCGAGAGGUGUCCCCGUCCUCUGUAUUCCCAGGACUGUCCAGAGGGAAAUGUCCCAGAGAAGCAUCAGGGGGGAGAUCUGACUAAUAAUAAAGUGGAGGAUGAAGAAGAGAGGAUGAGCGGCCAUCACCCGUGUAUGAGGGAAGUGAAGGAGGAAAUUCCAGGAGGUGUUACCCCAGAAAAUUCCCAUACGGAUGUGUUAUUAUUUAAUUGUAAAAUAGAAGAUGAAGAUCUCAUGCAGCACUCCCCAGGAGAUGACUUCCUUCCCCUUACUGUACAUCCAGGACCUCACAGUACAGAUCUAUCCUAUAAUGCCCCUAAUCAUGGGGAACCUUCUUCUGACCCAUCACAGGUUGUUACCACAAGGACAGAUCAGAGAGAAGGGAAAAGGUUUCAUUGUGGUGAAUGUAAGAAAGUGUUUACAAAAAAUUCAGAUCUUAUAACCCACAGAAGAAGUCACACAGAGGAGAAGUAUUCAUGCUCACUAUGUGGGAAAUGUUUUACAGAUAAGUCAGAACUCGUGUCUCAUGAGAGAAUGCACAUAGGAGAGAAUCCAUAUUCAUGCUCAAGAUGUGGAGAACGUUUUGCUCAAAAAGCAGAUCUUGUUAUACAUCAGGAAACUCACACAGGAAAGGGGCCGUAUCCAUGUCCUGCAUGUGGGAAAUUAUUUACAGUAAAAUCACAGUUGGCAACACAUGAGAGAAGUCACACAAGAAAAGAGUGUUCGUGUUCACAAUGUGGAAAAUGUUUUACAAAAUAUUCCAGUCUUGUUAUACACGAGCGAAGUCACACAAGAGAAAAAUCAUAUAAAUGUUCAGAAUGUGGGAAAUGUUUUAAAAACAAAUCGUAUCUUCUUAUACAUAAUAGAACUCACACUGGAGAGAAGCCGUAUUCAUGUUCAGAAUGUGGGAAAUGUUUUACAGAUAAGCCAGCUCUUGUAAUACAUGAGAGAAGUCACACAGGAGAGAAGCCGUAUUCAUGUUUAGAAUGUGGGAAAUGUUUUACAGAUAAAUCAUAUUUUGUUAUACACAAGACAAUACACACAAGUGAGAAGCCGUAUUCAUGUUCAGAAUGCGGGAAAUUGUUUACACAUAAAAAAUAUUUUGUUAUGCAUAAGAGAACCCAUACAGGAGAAAGGCCCUAUUCAUGUUCAAAAUGUGGAAAAUGUUUUAAAGAUAAAUCAAGUCUUGCUACGCAUGAGAGAAGUCACAUAGAAGACAAGCCUUAUUCAUGUUCAGAAUGUGGGAAAUGCUUUCGAAACAAAUUUGCUUGUGUUAGACAUGAGAUAAGGCACACACGAGAGAAGCCAUACGCAUGUUCAGAAUGCGGGAAGUGUUUUGCAUACGAAUCACAACUUGUAACACAUCAGAGAAUUCACACAGGAGAGAAGCCAUUUUUAUGUUCAGAAUGUGGGAAAUGUUUUACAAAGAAAGGAAACCUUGUUACACAUCAGAGAAUCCACACAGGAGAGAAGCCGUAUUCAUGUUCAGAAUGUGGGAAAUGCUUUACAGAUCAAUCACAUUUUGUUAAACAUAAAAGAACUCACACAGGGAGUAAUAGAGAAGGAACCAGACAGACAUGUAACCAAACGUUUUCUCUGAAGGCCAUGGUCCUCUUCACCAAUGACCCAACAAGGAUGGAGAAGGCCAGAAAGCACAUGGCUGCCAGGAUAUUACACCUCACCCUAGAGAUAAUCCACCUGAUAACCGGAGAGGAUUACACAGUAGUGAAGAAGUGGUCUGGUGAGUGUGUGACCCCCCGUGUGUCAGGAGGAUCGGGCACCACCCAGAGCCCCACCCCCGAGGAGCCUCCACCUCAUUCACUGAUACAUGAGCAGAAGAUCCUAGAACUGACCACCAGGAUGACUGAGCUGCUGACUGGAGAGCAGGUUCCUAUAAGGUGUCAGGACGUCACUGUCUAUUUCUCCAUGGAGGAGUGGGAGUAUAUAGAAGGACACAAGGAUCUGUACCAGGACAUAGUCAUGAUGGGGGAUCACCGGCCCCCAACAUCACAAGAUGGAUAUACAGGAGGUGAUGUAUUCAGUCCCUGUGUGUUCCCCCCUACAAAUGGAUAUACAGCAGGUGAUGUAUUCAGUUCCUGUGUGUUCCCUUCAGAUGGAUAUACAGGAGGUGAUGUAUUCAUUCCCUGUGUGUUCCCUACAGAUGGAUAUACAGGAGGUGAAGUAUUUAUUCCCAGUGUGUUCCCUACGGAUGGAGUCCUUGAUAGAAAAACACCCGAAAGGUGUCCCCGCCCACUGUAUUCCCAGGACUGUCCAGAGGGAAAUGUCCCAGAGAAGCAUCAGGGGGGAGAUCUGACUAAUAAUAAAGUGGAGGAUGAAGAAGAGAGGAUGAGCGGCCAUCACCCGUGUAUGAGAGAAGUGAAGGAGGAAAUUCCAGGAGGUGUUACCCCAGAAAAUUCCAGUGAUGGAAACUUCAUGUCAUCACUAGAUCCUAAAGUAGAAGAUGAAGACAUCAUGCAGCACUCCCCAGGAGAGGACCUUCUUUCCCUUACUGUACAUCCAGGACCUCACAGUACAGAUCUAUCCUAUAAUGCCCCUAAUCAUGGGGAACCUUCUCCUGACCCAUCACAGGUUGUUACCACAAGGACAGAUCAGAGAGAAGGGAAAAGGUUUCAUUGUGAUGAAUGUAAGAAAGAGUUUACAAAAAAUUCAGAUCUUAUAACACACAGAAGAAGUCACACAGAGGAGAAGACAUAUUCAUGUUCACUGUGUGGGAAAUGUUUUACAGAUACAUCAGAACUUGUGUCACAUGAGAGACUGCACACAGCAGAGAAUCCAUAUUCAUGCUCAAAAUGUGGGAAACAUUUUGCCCAGAAAACAGAUCUUGUUAUACAUCAGGAAACGCACACAGAUAAGGGGCUAUAUCCAUGUUCAGAAUGUGGGAAAAGUUUUACAAGAAAAUAUAAUCUUAUUGCACAUAUGAAAAUUCACACAGGAGAAAAGCUGUAUUCAUGUUCAAAAUGUGGGAAAUAUUUUAUAGAAGAAUCAAAGCUUGUUACACAUGAGAAAAGUCACACAGGAGCGAAACCUUAUUCAUGUUCAGAAUGUGGGAAAUCUUUCGCAAAAAAAUCAAGUCUUGUAAUACAUGAGAGAAAUCACACAGGAGAGAAGCCGUAUGCAUGUUCAGAAUGUGGGAAACGCUUUACAGAUAAAAGAUAUUUUGUUAAACAUCAAAGAAUUCACACAGGAGAGAAGACACAUUCAUGUUCUGAAUGUGGUAAAUGUUUUGCAAAUAAAUCAUGUCUUGUUAUACACCAGAGAAAUCACACAGGAAAGAAACCAUAUUCAUGUUCCGAAUGUGGGAAAUGUUUUAGAGACAAAGAAUAUUUUGUAACACAUACAAGAAUUCACACAGGAGAUGAACUUAUUUCAUGUUCAGAAUGUGGGAAAUGUUUUGCAGAUAAAAGAUAUUUCACUGUCCAUAUGAGAAUUCACACGGGGGAAAAGCCAUUUUCAUGUUCAGAAUGUGGGAAAGGUUUUAGAACUCAAUCAAAUCUUCGUUUACAUGAGAGACGGAAACACACAGGAGAGAAGCCACAUUCAUGUUCAGAAUGUGGAAAAUGUUUUACAAAUAAAUCAUGCCUUGUUAUUCAUCAGAGAAUUCAUACAGGAGAGAAGCCAUAUUUCUGUUCAGAAUGUGGGAAGUGUUUUGCAAAUAAAUCAUAUCUUGUUUUACAUAAGAGAAUUCACACAGGAGAGAAGCUAUAUACAUGUUCAGAAUGUGGGAAAUGUUUUGCAGAUAAAAAUUAUUUUGUUGUACAUAAGAAUAAUCACACAGAGAAGCCCUUUUCAUGCUCAGAAUGUGGGAAAUGUUUUGCAGAUAAAAAAUAUUUAGCUGUUCAUAAGAAAAAUCACACACGAGAGAAGCCAUUUUCAUGCUCAGAAUGUGAGAAAACUUUUACAAAAAAAUCGAGCCUCAUUAUACACAAGAGAAUUCACACAGGAGAGAAGCCAUAUUCAUGUUCAGAAUGUGGGAAAUCUUUUGCAAAAAAAUCUAAUCUUGUCAAACAUGAAAGAAGUCACUCAGAAGAGAAACCGUAUUCAUGUUUAGAAUGUGGCAAAAGUUUUAAAAAUAAAUCAAGUUUGGUUACACAUGAGAGAAGAAGCCACACAGGACAGAAGCCUAUUGAUGGUUUAUAUGUGGGAAAUAAUUUAUAAGAAUGUUUUGAAUUUCAGAAUUUCGUAUAGAGAAAAAAAUGAUACUCCUGUUUGGAUUUUCGUGUUUAUGAAAAAAAAAAAAAGGCUAUAUAUCAGUCGAGAUCCGAUGGUGUCCAUUGUGCAUGGGAGACCCCGGACUAAGCUUCAAAACUAGGGAAAUAGUAGAGGCGGGGGCAAGGCACCGAAGCAGAUGGCCACACGUUGAAGUGGGUCCCAUUCCAUGAGGCCGCUACAUAAGCUUUCCACCGGGUGACCUUGCACCUCCCGCCGCCGUCCUAAGCAUUCACCUACCCUGCACCCUAAUCCGAACCCCCUUGGAGGCAUCCCAAGGUUCCUGAGGCCGGCCCCGCCAUCUCCAGCAGGCUGCAGCGCUGCCAUUAUGGGCCCCGCUCAAGGCCUCCGAUCCCUGGGACCUGUCUGUAUCGGUGAUCCUGAUCCUGCUCACACCGCUGCUUAAGCCGGAGGACCGGCGGACUGCCCUGUCACCUCUGCCGCUCACCUCCACGAUCCCAGUGGCUCCUCGGUGUGUUCCGAUGCUGCCAUCUUCUGCUCCCUGUACUCCUGGAGACUGCUGCGUUGACCCCGGCUCCUGCUGACAUCCGGACCUCCUCUCCAGCCGUGCUGAGUGUAGCGCUGGGAAUAGCAGUGAGUGGAUCCUCAGCCCUGCUGCUGGAGGGGCCCCCUCUUCGGCUGCCUACCAGCAACCCUCCUCUGGAAGCCCCUUAGUCUCCUCUUCUCUACUGGGAGGGGGGAUGCCAUCUUGGGCCUCAGUUAUGAGUGGGUCCUCAUCCCCCCCCCCUCCAUUGCUCCUCCUGCGCCCUCUUCUGACUACACUGAACACAGCCCAUCUCCACCUGCAACAUCUAGUGUGGAGCCUGCUGCUUCUUCCAUAGCUGAGACCUGGGCUGUAUUGCCUAUCCCUCCCUCUUCACUGAUACCUGGACUCUCCUCAGCCAACUACACCUCGCUCUCCCAAGCCUCAGAGAGUCAUGUCUGCCCAAAAGCUGUGUGCUGGGGCCCCCCACCCGGGUAGCUCCCUCCGCCACGCCAGUGCCUUCAGUACCAUUCUUACUGGUGGCAGACAAUACCUCUUGGGAUGCCCUCUCUGAGUCGGACUUGGCAUGCUCAGGUGUGCCUGCUCAUUCCCCUGUCCCGCUGGACUGGAGCCAACUUCUUUCCCAGAUCCUGACAAAGGAGGUUUUAGCUCGCUCAUUGCUGAAGUCAAGGACACUUGCAGGGCAGAGAUUUCAACCAUACGUCACGAUUUGCAGCAAGCUUCGGGCAGGGUUGAAAACUUGGAGGACGUCCGUGACUCUACCAGGGCCUAUAUUGCUCAACUCCAUUCUACAAUUGCCUCUCAAACAGACUUUCUAAGUGAUCUCCACUCUCAUGUUAAGGACUUGGACAAUCGGGGGGCUGCCUGAGGCGACAAGAGAGGAAGAUCUCCAUGUGAACCUGGAGGCUCUUUUUAAUCUCAUUCUGGGCGAGCCUUCCUUCCAUAAAAUCAAACUGGAUAGGGCCCACAGAGCCCUCCGCCCCAAAUCCACUUCUGGCGCUCCUAGGGAUGUUAUCUGCUGUGUGCACGAUUGAAGAGGCUACCAUGGCUAAGGUCCGAUCCCUGAGGAACUUUGAUUUUGAUGGGGCCCCUAUCCAACUCUAUCAAGACCUCUCCUGGCUUAUGUUGAGGAAACGGCGGAUACUCCAGCCUCUCCUAGCAGUCCUGCAAUCUCAUCAAGUGCCUUACCAGUGGAGUUUCCCGCUUGCCUAAACGCUCGUAGGGAUGGACGCUCUGCGGUUUUGCGUUCCAUUGCCGAUCUCCCAGCCUUUUGCUCUACACUGGAUUUACCUUACCUUCAGCUGGUGGACUGGGACUUGAUGUCUCCUCCUCCUCUCCCUCCAGUUUGUCAGCCUUUCCGGCCCCAUAGGUCUGGGAAUCAGGAGUCUAUGCCUCCUGCUCCUGGAGGCUCUCCUCGGGCCCCUCCUUGACCUGUGGUGCUAUUUGUUUUUUGAUAUUUUCUUCUAAGUGGUGGUGUCGGGUCUGUUCUUGGACUCUUGUUCUCUCCUGACUUCAGCUACAUGUUUAUGUUUCAUUGUAUUUUUGAAUGCUUUGUAUGCUCACUAUGUUUUUGCAUAUUUGGUCACCUGUGUUUUCUAAGCCUAUGUCCGUUUGGCACGGCCUCGGGAUGGGAUGCUUACUCAUUUGGUGGCUGUUUUCUGGUGAUGUUCUCCCACUUCUCCCCCUGAGGCUGUGACAGUGGACUGGAUCUUUUUGGGAUCCGUAUGUUUCCUGUUUUUUUCUCAGAUCUUAGCCACUGCGUUGGCCCCUUGGCCAAUGGUUUAUUUUUUGUUUGUUGUUUUGUUUUCUGUCCUUUUGUCUUGUUUUCUGUUUGUUUCUAUGUCUCCCUUUUUGUUUUCUUUCCUUCUGUUUCUCUUCCCCUUUUCUAGGUUUCUCUGUGUCCCCUUUCUCAUGUUGGGGCCUGGAUGGUGGUCCCCUGUUUGGUUGGUCCUGGUUUAAGCUUCUGGUCUCAUGGGUCAGUCUUCAUUUGCAUUUUUCCUCUCCCCUCUUUCAGGAUGGUUAAGUGUGUCUCACUGAAAGUUAAGGGCCUUAACUCCCCCCUAAAGGGCGUCUUUUCUAGCGUAAGUUGCUUACGCUGCAUGCCGAUAUUGUUUUCCUUCAGGAAACACAUUUUAGCCGCUCUGGCUCUUUUCAAUUUCUCCAUCACAUCUACCCUCAGGUUUUUUCAGCUCCCUCUGAUAGGAAAGUAGCCAGGUUGCUGUACUCAUUUCUAGACCUUGCCCACUUCAAGUCUCUUCCUCCUAUAUUGAUCCCCUGGGGCGCUAUGUAAUAGUGGAGGGAAUGUUGGGUGGUGCCUCGAUUUUGCUUUGUAAUCCCUAUGCCCCCAGAUCUCAUUUUUGUGUAGGGUCCUAGUUAAGCUCCAUGAAUAUCCUCCUUCUGCAAGGUUUGUCGGCGGCGAUUUCAAUCAUGUUUUUUUUCACCUUCUUUGGAUCGCCAUUCGCUUUCUGCUGCCCCUCCCCCACCUGCCCAAUUGCGCUCUGCCUAGCUUUUUCGCCGCCUUAUUCGAGCUUUGCCGUUGUACAUCCUUUGGCGAAUUAACCACCCGACGGAUCGCUCUUUUAGUUUCUAUUCCCAUCCCCAUAGGUUGCCCUCGUGUAUAGACUAUUUUUUCGGUAACCUCCCGAUGGUUCGUAUGCUCUCGACUGCCUCUUUGGAACCUAUUUCCCGGUCUGAUUACUGUCCUGUUCUUCUUUCUUUUUCUCCCUUCUCCUUGGCGCUGUCAUUGGCAUCUCAAUGACUCUCUGCUUAAGUCUCUGCCCUCCUGUGAGUCAAUACAGGCAUGCCUGACUGAAUAUUUGCCACCAAUAGGGGUUCAGUUUCCUCUCAGGCUGUCCUCUGGGAAGCCCAUGAAUCAGUUGUCCGGGGACAUUGUAUUGCCCUUUGUUCCCAUUUGAAAAAGGAUGCCCUGGCUUGCUCCCGAGAGCUUAGAGCUCGCAUUGCAAAAUUGGAGGCUCUUUUAAUGUCUUCCUCUUCUCUCUCGAUCCUUAGGCGAUUGGUAGCUGCCCGGGCCCAAUUGGCUGAAGGAUUCUUCACGUGUUCCUCAUUAUCAUCCUGCUGAUAUUUCCCAUCUCUUUGUUCGCAAUUAUACUGACCUCUACUCCCUCCCAUCUCAGCUUCCGUCUGACUCGGUGGAGCGUGCUGCGGAACUUGACUCCUAUUUCUCUCGAUGCGGCCUGCCGACUCUGUCGGAGGCGGAUUGUGCUGUCUCGAACACUUCUAUGACCCAUGAAGAGCUUCAGGACGUCCUCAAGUCUCUUCCUGCGGGUCGCUUCCCCGGUCCGGACACUUUUCACUUAUUUAUACUAUAAGACCUACUCUUCUGUCCUUCUGCCUAGGCUGGUUUCUCUUUUUAACUCUUUUAUAGGGGGGGGGGGGGGGGAUCCCGCAAUCCAUUCUGCUCUCUUUGAUCACCUUGAUACCUAAGCCCAGUAAGGACCCCCAUGAUUGCUCCAGUUAUAUUUGAAGCUAUUCCCUUAAGUGCUAGCUAUACGACUUUGCUCUUUUCUCCCCUACCUCGUUCACAAGGACCAGGUCGGCUUUAUACUUUGCCGUCAGGGGGGUGAUAAUAUUAGAAGGGUAGUGGAUCUUGUUGACCUGAUCAAAGUUCUGAACAGGCUUUGAUUCUAAGCCUUGAUGCGGAAAAGUCCUUUGAUCGGCUGGGGUGGCCUUUUCUUUUCGCUACUUUGCAGAAGUUUGGUAUCACUGUUAAUGGUCUCUACCCAUCCCCUUCUGCUUCUCUUAAACUUCCUCAUUCUCCUUCCCUGACCUUUCCUUUGUUUAAUGGUACUCGCCAGGGGUGUAUGUUGUCCCCACUUAUUUUUAUGUUAUGUAUCGAACCCCUUGCUCCUAUGAUUCGGGGGGACCCAGACAUCACUGGCAUUGCCCUUCACGAUAGGGAAUUUAAGAUUUGUUUGUUUGCUGAUGAUCUUUUGCACACUCUCUCCCGUCCUUUACUUUCUCUUCCUUGUUUAUAUCGGGUUCUGCAUGCCUAUGGGGUGGUUUUGGGCUACAAGGUCAAUCUGUCUAAAUCUGAAGCUCCACUCUUCCCCUUCCUUUCACCCUCUCUACUCUCCUAUGUGCAAACUUUUCUUUCAAGUGGUCCCUGACUGCUAUUAAGUACCUGGGUGUCUAUCUUACCCCUUCCUAUUCUUCCCUUUACUCUACUAUUUUCCUCCCUCUUUUUUAUGAGCUCAGAGCCCUCAUGGAGAGCAAUAUAUUUAGUUUUUUGGGUGUGUAGGAGCCGUUAAAAUGACGAUCCUCCCUAAAUUGCUUUAUUAUUUUGAAACAUUAGCCGGUACUUGUCCCACUCUAUGCUCUUUGCAAUUGGCUAUUUUCCACUUUAUAUGGGAUGGAAAGCGCCAUCAUCUUUCAAUGUUGGUCAUGAUUGCCAGGCGGUCCAUGGGGGGGGUCUUGCGGUCCCUGAUGUAACUAAAUAUUACUUGGCAGCCCAUUUACGAGACCUGGUGGCUUGGUCUACAUAUCAUGCAUAUAGCUGAUGGAUGGAGCUAGAGAAGUUAUGGUUGGCCCCUGUACAUCCUAAUACCCUUCUGUGGUGUGUUCCUCCUCCUGAUCUACCCUUGCCUUCUUUGCUAGGUCCUAUGUCCUUUUCCAAGUAUGUGUGGGGCUAUUGCUGUAGGAUAUUUAGAUUGUUCUCCUCGUCACCUAUGAGAUCCUUUGUGUACCACCCUGAUUUCCCCUCUGGUUUAACCUAGGGAAUGGUAAGGGAGUGGGGUUCUCAGGGGCCGGUUUUGCUGGUUUGAUGUGGUGGAUCCUCUAUCUCGAUCUCUCCUGUCUUUUGAUUUGUUGGAUGCUUGCAGUGAGCUCCCCCUCUCUGAACAGUUCCAUUAUUUGCAACUACAGCACUAUAUGUCUUCUGAACUCUGUGGUUGUGUCCCAACCCACCGACUUUGAACGGUUAUACCUUAAUGGACCUCAGGCACAGGGACUUCUCUCCGAUAUCUACUUCCUUCUCCUUCAUCCCAUAGAUAGGGACCCUCCCUCACAUCGCUUCAUGCACCAGUGGGAGGAGGCUUUGAAUACUACCAGUGACGGAUUAUAUGGAAAUGGGCUUCCAAGGCUUCUAUCUGUAUGGCCUAUAAGGAGAGUCAAUAGAAAAUGCUUAUGGGGUGGUACCAUACCCCGGAACUCCUGAAUAAAUUGAACCCUACUAUACCCCCCUCAGUGCUGGUGCGGUGGGAUUGAGGACGGUUUUGGUUUUUCAUAUCUUCUGGUCCUGCCCCCUUAUAAUGGACUAUUGGCGUAUGGUGCAUUGCUUGAUCACUGGUGUUUUCGGUGUCUUGGUCCCCCUUGAUCCUCUUUAUUAUCUUUUACACCUGUCUUAUAGGGCCAUGUCUAAGAAGCCAUUCAAGCUUUUCAUGCAAAUAGUGUUAGCUGCUAAGACCCUUAUAGCCAAGUGCUGGAAGAUGACCCUGCCUCCUUCGGAAUUAGACUUAGUGGCCCGUAUCCGUGUGAUCCGCUCUUUAGAAUCUCUUACAGCUUCUUUAAAAAAAACUCUACGCCUGUAUUUCUCUCUGUGUGGGCCCCUUGGGAUCGCUUUUCUGAUCGUCAACCUCCGUGAGUGUAGCAGUAUUAUUCUUUGCUUUCACUCUUGUCUUCUUUUUCUCUUCUUCUAUUCUCCCCCUCCAAUUCCUCCUUUUGGGUCUUGUGUUUGGUCUUCUGUAUUGUUCUUGUAGUUGUUUGUAGUUGUGUCUCCCUCUACCCAUGUUUGUUUUGUUUGUGAUUUGUCCUCCUAGUUCGUGUCACUUGAAGAGGUGACUUGGUUACUUAUAUCUACUUCAUAUAUACUCUUGGGCUGUUCUAGCCGGCUAAGACCUACAUGUGUUGAUAUGCUAUUGCUUCAUUUUGUGCCCAUUCUCUAUGUUUUGUGACCCGUUAAUUUGGGUCUGACGACCUUCUGUGCUACUUCUUAUGGAGUAUUUUUUGUUUGAUUUGUUUCUUAUGUGAAAAAUUUAAUAAAAAUUACAGUAAAAAAAAAAAAGAAAUAGUAGAGGCAGGAGGAGGUAGGGUAGAACUGGAUAAAAAAAACACUUCAAAAACAUAAAUAGUAUUGUCUAUAACAGAUUACUCUAAUGGUAGGCGUGUAUAUAUAUAUAUAUAUAUAUAUAUAUAU